AUCUAUAAUUAAUUAAUGUCUAAUUCCACACAGCCUUCCCCAGCUGUCUUCAGAAGAAACCCAUAACUACGCAUCAGCAACAACAAACCUGGUCAGGACUCUAAGGAGACUCACCUGCGGGAAGGAAGUGCAGCUAACCAUACAGUUCAGUAUGUCAAGCUCAACACCAGCUGAAGAUGAGGUGCCAGCAAUCCAAACAGGCCCCAAAGGUGUGAUUAAUGACUGGAGGAAGUUCAAGUGUGAGGACCAGGACACCCCUCCCAGCAAGAAGGAGCUCCUCAGACAGAUAUCCAACCCCCAGAGCGACGACAUCCACGACAGACUCAACCGGAAGAUGAGUGUCCAGGAGUACGAGAUGAUCGCAGAGGAGGAUGAGAAGUGCCUGCGCAAGUACCGCAAGCAGUGCAUGAAGGAGAUGCACGAGCGCUUCAGCUUUGGGCCUACGUUUGACAGCGUGGUGGAGCUGGACAACGGCGAGUCCUUCCUGGAGGUCAUUGAGAAUGAGCACCGGCUCACCCUGGUGGUCGUCCACAUCUACAAGGACGGGGUCAAAGGUUGCGAGGCGCUCAACUCCUGCCUGGACUGCCUGGCCACUGAGUACCCCAGUGUCAAGUUCUGCCGCAUCCGGGCGGCCGCAACGGGCGCCGGCGAGCGCUUCUCAGACGACGUGCUGCCCACCAUGCUGGUUUACAAGGCAGGGGAGCUGCUAGGGAACUUCCUGUCCAUGACACAGCACCUCAGCGAGGAGUUCUUCGCCACCGAUAUCGAGGCGUUCCUCAAUGAGUACGGCCUCCUGCCCGAGAAGGAGUUUGCGGCCUGUCCUGAGGAGGAGGCAGGUGUGGAGGUGGAGUAAGGGGUUUUUAUAGGGAGUCAGUGACAGAGUGCACAUUUCUGGACCCAUUAGCCUACUAGGCUACUGUAAAUGCAAUAUUUUUAACAGCCUCCAGUCAGCUUCAGUUUAUCACAGGCAGUGUCCAUUAACAUGAUUUCAGACAGACAUUAUUAGCUCAAUAUGUGUAUCAUUAUAAAAUGCUUUUCUUUCUUUUCGUUUUAACCAUUGUAUUGGUGUAUGAUUGAUAAGUAUAUGACAUUGCAAUCUUUGUAAAAGGUUGUAUUGGCGUCACAAUAUAUGAUCCUGCGGUUGGAGUAAUGAACCCCAUUUUAUGGCUUGGGCUUGUUUAUCACUAUUGACCCAAUGUCAUCGCAUUUUAUGCUAUAUUUUCAUGAUGUUUGAAAUCAAAAGGGUUAAAGUGAUAACCCCCAGUCACUCAUUAAAAGCAGAAUUUCCCCAUGGAAGUGGUGGUUGG